AACGCAAUGUAUGGCGAAUUAAUAAGAAAGAUGAUUGAAGAAAGCAGAGUGUUAAGUAACUGUGUGGGUAUGGAAAAGGGAAGAAAAAUGUCACUUCUCCAGCACCACCCAAGACACCAAAGACGCCAAAGAAAUGCAAAUAUGAGGAAUAUAGCGCUUCUUUGUCCAGACAGCCUGGCUAUGCGGAAUGAUGCUCUUGGUAAUACAACCAAUAGUAUUAGAGAUUUUACGAUUUUGGAUGCGUUUAAGCUUACAGAAAAGGCUUGGAAAAUGUCACAGAAAAGACAAUAA